GGAUAAAUAGUGUAGGAUCAGGAUGAUGUUUUGAGCCGGAGAUAAGGAAACAGUUUUUACGCUUAUCUGAACCUAAACCUAGUAGACGGGAUUAUUAUCCUCAAUAUACUUACUCAGUAAUAUAUUCGUAGUUAGAGGAGCACCCAGGAAACAGAAGGGGAAUAUAGGAAACAGGAAAUAUAAUCAGAAAACAUGAAGGGAACCCAGGAAACAGCAGGUGUAAUUCUGGAAAGAAUUAGUGGAAUCCAGGAAACAGGAGGGGAAUCCAGGAAAACUUGCAAAGAGUUGAACAGGAAAGAAUGGAAGAAGAAAAAAUGGAAGAGGAAAGAAUAAGACAGGAACGAAUUGAACAGGAACGAUUGAAAAUGAGACAAGUGUUGUACCAAUAAGGAUUUUACAUAAGAAUUAGUUUUACAUUGUUAAUAAUACCAUAUUAUUCUAAAAUGAAAUUAAUGUGACUUAUUUUAUAUUUCAGAAAGUAUGGGGUCUAUAAACCCAGAAACCCUGCAGAUCUGGGAGACCUCUAGCGGUUCCGAGGAGAACCUUCAUCCGUACGGUUACGCUGGGGGAGGGGAUACUCUUCUAUCAGAUACAUUUAUUGAGUCACAGCUUGAGGAACUGCAGAAGGAGAAUCUUAGCUUGAAGAAACAAAAUAAGCUGAACAUUGAAAACUUAAUCAGAGCCGAAGAAGUAAACAGCAGCUUGGAGAAGGAAAUAGAAGGUCUACAAAGAAGAAUAGAUAAAUACAAGAAUAAAAUCGGGUCUUUAGAAGUGAAAAUUGGAGAUUUUUGUGAUUUUCAAACAAAGAUGUUGAAUAUGGAAACUGAUUAUCUGGAGUUGAAGAGCAAAUAUAAAAAACUACGAAGAGAGAACAGAGAUUUGAAAUCUGCCUCUUUUGAACAAUCUCAACAUUUAGGAGUAUUGAAUUCUUCUAUUGAUGUUCCAUUUCAAGAUGAAGAUAUUUCCGCUCCAGGAUCAGGCUUCAAUCAUACGGAUUUUAUAAUUAUGGAACAGGAACGACUUGAACUGAACAAAAUGGAACAGGAAAGAAUGGAACAAAAAAGAAUGGAACACGAAAUAAUGGAACAGGAAAGAACGGAACAGGAACGAAUUAAACAAGAAAGAAUGGAACAGGAAAUAGUGGAACAGGAAAGAAUGGAACAGGAAAAAACGGAACAGGAACGAAUUGAACAGGAAAGAAUGGAACAGGAAAAAAUGGAAAAGGAAAGAAUGGAACAGGAAAGAACGGAGCAGGAACGAAUUGAACAGGAACGAAUUAAACAGGAACGAAUUGAACAGGAAAGAAUGGAACAGGAAAGAAUAGAACAAGGAAGAAUAGAACAAGAAAGAAUGGAACACGAAAGAAUGGAACAGGAAAGAACGGAACAGGAACGAAUUGAACAGGAAAGAAUGGAACAGGAAAGAGUGGAACAGGAAAGAAUAGAACAAGAAAGAAUGGAACACGAAAGAAUGGAAAAGGAAAGAGUGGAACAGGAAAGAAUAGAACAAGAAAGAACAGAACUAGAAAGAAUAGAACAAGAAAAAAUGGAGCACGAAAGAAUGGAACAGGAAACAAUGGAACAGGAAAGAAUGGAACAAGAACGAAUGGAACGGGAAAAAAUAGAACAGGAAAGAAUGGAACAGGAAAGAAUUGAACAGGAAAGAAUAGAAAAGAAAAGAGUUGAACAGGAAAGAAUGGAAAAGGAAAAGAUAGAAAAUGAACUUAAGAAGGAUCAAGAAUCAAUAGUAACCCUCGGGAAUCUGGUGGCGAGCCUAACAUCAGAGCUAAACCGGACUAAGGAUUUAGUAGAUGAAUAUAAAAGAGUUAUUGAAGAGCUGUCUUCUGAAGGAAAUAGUAGGGAAAAAGAAGACGACAUUUAUAAACAGAUUCAGCUUGAACAAGAAGAACAAAUCCAG